AUGCUCGUACGUGGAGCGACCAUGGAUGGUGCAAAAGCAGGUAUCGAUUAUUUACUGUUGAAUCCCGAUACGAGCAAGCUGUGGGUGCUGAAGACAUGGGUUGAGGCCGUCAAACAGUUGUGCUUUAGUCUCAGUAUUGGCUUUGGUGGUCUGCUAGCACUUUCAUCAUACAAUAAGAAGGGACACAACUGUUUCCGGGUGCGAAGAAGGAGUCGACCCAGGAACGUCACUUCAUGA